AUGCGAAUCAAAUCAGAGAGGGCUCUGGUCACUGGCCGGACUGGUAUUACCAUCCGGUCUGAUCUGCCAUGGCUGGUUCAACGACAAUUCCCACUCACCGACGGAGGCACCGCCGCCACCUCCAUCUUAACCUUACAUCCGAGCAUAAUUCAAACUCACAUCCUGACUCGCCUCGACGUCUCUGCGCUUGCAUCGGUUGCCACCACAUGCUCCCAACUCCACGCCAUCGUCUCCCAGGAAGAUUUCUGGGCCAACCUCUGUCACUCUACGUGGCCUUCCACCAGUUCUCCAAGCAUCCGCCACGUCAUCCGCCGCUUCCCUCACGGUUCCCGCUCUUUCUUCCACGAUUCUGCCACUAUUCCCCGCCCGAACACCACCAUUCCUCGAAACUCGCACAUAAAUCUCGACCGCACACCGCAGCUGAUCUCCGCCGUUGACCUUUAUCACCGCCGUCAACUUUUACUUUCCAGAGUGGUACAGACCGAAACAGUCUCUGAUUCGUUCAGGUGCUCGCCCUUCCGGGUGGACAUACUUGAACCAGAAGAGGUGGUUCAAACACAUAUAAGAUAUCCGGAGAGUGACGAAGCUUAUCGAGAGCUAAUGAGGGGCCUGAGGAUGAGCUGGAUAUUAAUAGACGCCAGUGGAGGGCGGGCGAUGACCGUUUCGAGCCGGACGCCAAUAGGUCUACUACAGUCCUGGCAGAGCGGGACGGCAGAGUUCUGGUUCAUGUCGGUGAUGACCAGCAAUGAAGAACCUUUGUCGAAGCUCAAGGUGUGCAGGUUGACGGUGAGGUGCGUGGAGGCGGUGGGUGGGGAAACGGAGGUGAGGGAGGUGAGUUUGGAGAUGGAAGGGAUAGAUGGGAGGACAAAAUUGAUGGGAGGGAGAGUUUGGUAA